GAAAAAAAAUAAAGUGACACGUCCACCCACCCUGUCAAACUUCCACGGUUUUACGGAUGCUGCAUGACAAAUUUUCAUGUUUUAACUAUUAAAAAUGCCGUUGCGCUUGGAUAUCAAGAGGAAGCUGACAGCGAGGUCUGAUCGCGUCAAGUGUGUGGAUCAGCAUCCGACGGAACCCUGGCUUCUGUGCUCACUGCACAGCGGCGACGUCAACAUAUGGAACUAUGAAACUCAUACGCAAAUCAAAAGAUUCGAGGUAUGCGACCUACCAGUGAGGGCCGCCAAGUUCGUGCCCAGGAAGAAUUGGUUUACUACAGGCUCAGAUGAUAUGCAAAUACGAGUGUUCAACUACAACACCCUGGAGAGAGUGCAUGCUUUCGAGGCACACUCGGACUAUGUUAGAUGCAUCGUCAUACAUCCUACACAGCCCUAUAUUCUAACCAGCAGUGAUGAUCUUCUAAUCAAGCUGUGGAACUGGGACCGCAACUGGGCCUGCCAGCAGGUGUUCGAGGGCCACACCCACUAUGUGAUGCAGAUUGUCAUCAACCCAAAGGAUAACAACACAUUUGCGAGUGCCAGUCUCGAUACUACAGUUAAGGUAUGGCAAUUGGGAGCCUCCAUAUCAAACUUCACGCUAGAGGGGCACGAGAAGGGUGUGAACUGCGUAGACUACUAUCACGGGGGAGACAAACCAUACUUGAUCAGUGGGGCUGACGACCGCCUCGUCAAGAUAUGGGACUAUCAAAACAAGACCUGCGUACAGACUUUAGAAGGUCACGCGCAGAACGUGUCAGCGGUGUCGUUCCACCCGGAGUUGCCCAUACUACUCACCGGCUCUGAAGAUGGCACGGUUCGCAUUUGGCACGCUGGCACUUACCGGCUCGAGUUCUCGCUCAACUAUGGCUUUGAAAGAGUCUGGACUAUAUCAUCGUUGCACGGCUCGAAUAAUGUCGCUAUCGGAUAUGACGAGGGAGCCAUCAUGAUCAAAGUGGGCAGAGAGGAGCCGGCCAUAUCUAUGGAUGUUAACGGUGGAAAGAUCAUUUGGGCUAAACAUUCCGAGAUGCAACAAGUCAACCUGAAAGCCCUGCCUGAAGGCACGGAAAUAAAGGACGGCGAGCGGGUGCCAGUGGUCGCAAAGGACAUGGGCUCCUGCGAGAUCUACCCGCAGACCAUCGCUCACAAUCCCAACGGGAGGUUCGUAGUGGUGUGCGGCGACGGUGAAUACAUCAUAUACACGGCCAUGGCGCUGAGGAACAAGGCGUUCGGCACUGCGCAGGAGUUUGUGUGGGCGUUCGACAGCUCGGAGUACGCGACUCUGGAGAAUUCCAGCACCAUCCGCGUGUUCAAGAACUUUAAGGAGCGCAAGAGCUUCAAGCCCGAGUAUGGGGCGCAAGGUAUAUUCGGCGGAUUCAUGUUGGGGGUGAAGUCUAUCAGUGGCAUGGCAUUCUCGUUCUACGAUUGGGAGCGGCUCGAACUUAUUAGAAGGAUAGAGAUCCAGCCCCGUCACGUGUACUGGUCAGAGAACGGCAACCUCGUGUGCCUCGCCACCGACGAGUCGUACUACAUACUGAGCUACAAUGCAGCGGUCGUCAACCUUGCGAGGGAGACAAACACGAACAUCACCGAGGACGGGGUUGAGGACGCCUUUGAUGUGGUGGGCGAAGUGAGCGAGGUGGUCAAAACCGGGCUCUGGGUUGGCGACUGUUUCAUCUACACUAACUCGUUGAACAGGAUAAACUACUAUGUCGGUGGCGAGAUCGUCACCAUAUCGCAUCUGGACCACACCAUGUAUAUAUUGGGAUACGUGUCUAAAGAGAAUAGGCUAUACGUAAACGACAAGGAGCUCAACAUAGUGUCGUACUCGCUGCUCCUGCCGGUGCUCGUGUACCAGACGGCGGUGAUGCGGCGCGACUUCGAGACGGCGGACCGCAUCCUGCCGACCAUACCUCAGGACCAUCGCACCAGGGUCGCGCACUUCUUGGAGAAACAGGGCUUCAAGCAACAAGCGCUGGCGGUAUCCACCGAACCGGAGCACAAAUUCGAGCUGGCGCUGUCGCUGGGCGAGCUGCAGCGGGCCAAGCAACUCGCCGAGGAGGCCGCUAUCGCAGAGGGGGCUCCCUCUGGCACCUCUGCCGCUAGAUGGUCCCGCCUGGGCGCGGCUGCCGCUGCGGCCGCUGACACCGAGCUGACGAAGGCCUGCUACCAGAACGCUAAGGACUACAGUGCACUGCUUCUGUUCGCUGUUAGCACGGGUGACAAGGCGUUACUGGAGGACGUGGCCCGCAUGUCGGCGGAGGAGGGCGAGGAUAAUAUCGCGUUCGUCGCUCACUUCACGCUGAACGAGCUGGAUGAGUGCUUGCAGCUGCUGAUCAAGCGCAACAAGCUGCCCGAAGCCGCUUUCUUUGCCAGGUCGUACAUGCCGUCGAAAGUGAACGAGGUGGUGGUGCUGUGGCGCGAGUCGGUGAGCGCGACCAACAAGAAGUCGGGACAGUCGCUGGCCGACCCCAUCAACUACGAGAACCUGUUCCCCGAAUACAUGGAGUCCCUCGAGCUGGAGAGGUUCCAGCAGCAGGUCGGCUUCUCGCACCACGGCGAGCUGGCCAACCUGCCGGCGAACUGCAAGCUCAGCAACAUCGAGCGCGACCUCGCCGCCGAGAUGUCGCAGCUGCAGGAGCGCGGCCUCUACAAGCCCGCGCCGCCGGCGGACGUGACACGAUCAGAAGCGGACGGUGAGAGCAAUGAGGCGGCUGAGCCGAAUGUGCUGAAUCAAAAACGCAAAGAGUCGUUCGAUAUCAUGGAGGAGAUCGAGAGAGAGAUAGACGACAUCGUGUUAGACGAUGUGGGCGAUGAACCGGAUAAUUUGGACUUAUCGGACGAUGCGGACUUAAUUGAAUAAACUAUACCUAGUUAAUGUAGAAUUUUUAUUUUAUAUAAAUAUUAUUACGAUCAUAAAGUGUGUAUUUCCUAAAGUGCUAAUACAAUUAAGAUUAUUAUAGUAUUAUAC